UCUGACAUGGCGGCCCCCACCCGACAGUGAAUGAGAAGCUGAUCGUACAGAACACACGUCUCAAUAAAACAUUGGGAAGAUCAAUCUUCUGUCGUAAAAUCAAGCUAUAUAUCCAGAAGACAGGGGUCUAAUCUGAUGUGGACCAAGAGGUGGAUGAUGUUCGUAUGCUGACACAUUUGGCUCAUCUCCCGUCACCCCUGAAGACCCCGUCUUUGCGAGCAUCUCCCCGACUCCGCAGCCAUGCAGUCGGAUUCCGUGCUGGUUGAAUCGGCAGUGGUCUUCGCUAUCGUGGUUUCCGUCCACAUGGCCGUGUGGAAUCAGCUGUCCUGGUGCUGCGUCGCUCUGGCCGUCCAGGCUUUCUACGUGCAGCACAAAUGGGAUCGCCUCCUUCGCACCGGCGCCGCCGUGUUCCAGUUUCGCCCCGCGGCCAACAGCGGCGUCCUCCCGGCCAGCAUGGUGCUGCCCCUCCUGGGUCUCGCUCUGAGGGGACGCUGCGUGGCAGUGGGUAACGUCUACUUUGAACGUUUCGCCAUGGUGUUAACAGUCAUAGGUAUGAUGCUGGCACUGUUCCUGUCUCUCAUUGCGCUGGGCAUCACACGCCCCGUGCCCACAAACACCUGUGUCAUAGCCGGCAUCGCAAGCAGCGCCAUCCUGUAUACGGUGAGGCAGACGCUGACUGUGUCGGAGGUCAUUGAGGUCUUGGAGGUCCUGUUGAUCUUCGUGUAUCUGAGUUUAAUCCUGUUGUACCUGCUUCCACGCUGCUUCACGCCCGGCGAGGCUCUUCUCAUAAUGGGCGGCAUCAGUUUCAUCAUCAAGCAGCUCAUCAAGCGCUCUCUGGUUUCGGGCGGGAACGCCAACGCAGACCCGCUUCCCUUUUUCCUCCCGGUGGCUGUGUUAGGCUUCGUGGUGCUGGGAAUCUUCUUCUCUGUGCUUUUCCUGUUCAUGGAAUCAGAAACGUGGGCGGCUUCUCUGUUUUUCCACACGAUGACGGCCGUUCUGGGGUUGGGCUUGUUGGUGCCCUGGCUUACCCUGCUGACGCAGCAUCACCCGGUCACCUGGUUGCUACAGUUCAUCGGCCAGAGCGACGCCCGACUCGGGCUUAUCGGAUUCUGGGCGGCUCUGGCGCUUUUGGCCGUCGCCGUGGUCGUGCAUCAAAACAGCCAUCGCUCGGGCAGCAGUAAGAAACACCAGGCGUCCACCACCGUACGGAAAUAUUUCCAUCUCCUCAUCGUGUUGACCUUCGCCCCCGGAUUGGCGCUUGACCGCCCCCUGCUUCAUUUGGCUUCGGUCGGGUGUCUCUCCGCGUUCUUGUUCUUGGAGUUCGUCCGGUAUUUCCGGAUUCGACCGCUCGGAUCUCCGCUGAGACACCUGCUCACUUUAUUCCUGGAUGAGAGAGACUCCGGACCCCUCAUCCUCACGCACAUCUACCUGCUGUUGGGCGUCUCUCUGCCUGUCUGGCUCUCACCCGGGCCUUGCACCCCCAAAGCUGGAUUAGCGGGCUCUGGGGGUCUGGUGCCGUAUGCGGGGGUGUUGGCCGUGGGGGUCGGGGACACGGUUGCGUCUGUGUUUGGUAGCACGGUCGGUGAGAUCCGCUGGCCUGGCACCAAGAAGACUUUUGAGGGCACGGCGAGCUCGGUGUUUGCGCAGAUCAUCGCCGUGGUGAUUUUCCUCAUCGCUGACAGCAGCAUUAACCUGAACGCCAGCUAUUCAUGGGUUGUGGGUUCCAUCACCAUGGUUGCCAUGCUGGAAGCGUUCACGUUACAGAUCGACAACCUGCUGCUCCCUCUGUACCUCUACAUCCUUCUGCUGUUAUAACUUCAUAAAACACCCACUUUAUGACAACGUACAUGUAGUAAAGGGAGAGUUCAACCAAAAAUGAAAAUGAUUUUGGUUAUUCACUCUCAUGUCAUUUGAAACCUGCAUGACUUUUUUCUAGAUAUUUUGAAGAACGUUGACACUGAACCCCAUUGACUUCCAUUGUAUGAACACAAAACCACGGAGACAUUUCUCAGAAUAUCUUCUUCUGUGUUCCACAAAAGAGUCAUACAGGCUUUUGAACAUAAUCUUUGGGUGAACUGUUCCCUUUAAGAGCAGUAAAGCCCUGGUCAAAACAAACCUUCAAAUUAUUUGAAUACUGAAAGUGAAAUGCAAUAAUCCAUACAGUAUAUACACGUCAAUUGUAGUAAACUGAAUAGAAAUGCUCUGAAAUGUAUUCAACAACGCUAUUCCAUCACUGUAGUAUGAUAGUCAAAUGAAUUUAAUACCAAAUCAAACUACUAUACCAACACAAAAUGGCACAACAGUUAGAAACGUUUAAAGGUUUUCAGCACCCCUGGUGAAAUUGUGUCAACAUUUUGACAUUCUAGCGCUGGUGGCACAGAAAUGACACACUACUGCUUAAAGACUACAUUUAUUUUCUGUAUUUUAAUUUGAAGUUUACGUGUGAAUAUAAUUUUAUUGGCCUGCUCAACUGAACCUGUUUUUGAAUGUUUGAAGCUCCGAUAUCUUGUGACAUAUUUAAUUCAUAUAAAUCGUGCCGCUGUCACUUCUGUAUGUGUGACAGGGAAUGAGUUGCACAUAGACAAAAAUGAAUAAAAAAACUCGUCCCUCAAUGGCCCUUUAAGACCGUUUGCACUGGCUGGGAAACACACAUACAGACAUCUUACAACAUUUCGUGUUUAGACACUUUAUUUGGGUGAAUCUCGCAACAUGUCCGGGUCACAUUUCACCCCAAAACCAAUAAAGAAAAUGUACUAUUACCUGGAUGAAAAUCAUGAAUGUUUAUUUUUAUGACCAUUAAUAACAUUCCCUGCAAUACUCAAUUCACUUGAAUUAUUUCAGAUGGUUUUUUUUUACUUUAUUUGUAGUUCUCAUUAUGUUCAAUAGUUUUUAUCUGAAGAUUUCUGAAAACAUUACAAUGUGCAUGGAAGCAGUAACUUGUUUCAAUAUUGUAAUUAUGUAUAAUGGUAAAAAAACAAGGCUUCAUUUUCUUAAAAGAAAUAUAUAUUUGGAUUAAAUAUGACGCGGACAGGUUCUUGACAGGUUUCAUGAUAUUCACCCAUUGAAUAAUAUAAUGUGUGUUCUUUCAGUCCAAAAGCAUUUAUGCAUCACGGAAGCCAUUGAAGAACAUGAGCUUAUACAGUAAUACUCCUAAAAUAUUAUUUUGAUGCUGUGUGCAGGAUAUCUGCCUUUACAGUGCACUAUGAAGGACUGCUCGAAUAGCGUUUUGCCUUAAAAAGUGUUUUGUUUUGUAUUGGAACAAAAUGCUGUCAGUGGUUUGUCUGCAUGGAUGUGUAGGAGCAUCAGUAGAUGUUUAUGUACACGUCAAUCUAUCCUGUAAAAUCAGCAUGUAUGCAAUUCAGUGAGAUACGGGUGUUCUUUUACCUGUCUGUGCUCGAUCCUGCAUCGGUUCAUGAUGUGUUUAAACUCAUUUAUUUAUGAGGCCUUGUGCACAGCUUUAUGUCGCUAUUGACGUUUGGUGGGUGUUUUUAGUAGACGGUUGUCAUUAGAAUCAAUGUGCUGUGCAUUGUGGGACACUUGGCAUCUCUAGACAUUUGCAUGACUCUUUUGUAAUUUCAGUGAACUGAAUUUUGGAUUCAAACUACCUUGUAAUGUGUGAUCCUUUGUAGUCUAUAUAACAUGUACACAUUUUAAUGCUUUGUGAUAUUUCCAGAAACAUUUCUUUGUUCAAAUAACUCUUCCGCUUUGCAUAAUAUCCGUUGAUUCACAAUCACUGCGAAAUGAAACUAGUUCCAACAAUGUAAUAUUUCAGUAAACACGAUGCAGAUGCAAACUAUAGUAUGUAUUCAAGGUUGCUUUUGUCAUGUUUGUUUUGAUGUUGAAAUUAAUUUUAAAUCAUCUGCUUGAAGGAAAGGUUCUUUAUGGCUGUAAAUAUGAUUUACAGAUUUUCUGUCAGUAUUUGAUCUUUUCUUUGGAAAUUCAUAUUAUGAUUGUUUUUAUCAAACGGAUUGUCUUUUCUAUAUUGUAUUAUGUUGGGUACACAAAGAAUGCAGAUUAAAUAAUCAAAUAAAAAGAUU